AUGUCGUCCACUUCAGGACCACCUUACAUGCCAGCGAUCGCGCAAGUUGGCGGCCUACCAACUGUCGCGAUAGACGUGCCAAUCUCAGCAUGCCUGUUGUUCUUGUACGUCUGCCUGGCAGUAGUGCACAUGACGAUAUUCCAAGUCAAUCUCAGGCGUGACCACAAGUUUUUGUUCUCUGCAAUGCUUUUUGGUCUAUCCAUGGCACGCACAGCAGCCUUGACCAUGCGCAUGGUCUGGGCAACACACCAGGAUAAUGUCCGGAUUGCCAUGGCGGCUGGCAUAUUGACCCAAGCCGGCGUGAUUGUCGUCUUCAUCGCCAACCUCUUCUUUGCGCAACGCAUUGUGCGCGCAUAUCACUCCACCUUUGGCUGGGCCAAGGGAACUCGCCUCGUUUUCCGCUUCCUCCUCUUCUCCAUUAUUGCAUGCUUGAUCAUGGUCAUUGUGUGCACCGUUCAGUCCUUUUAUACGCUGGACACGAGUAUCAGGAGCAAGGAUAGGGAUGUGCAGUUGACGGCGGGUACCUAUUUGGCCUUUCUCUCAUUUGUGCCCGCUCCGGCCGUCAUCAUUGCCGCUCUCAUUCCUAGCAAGAACCACGUCGAAAAGUUUGGCCAGGGCCGCUUCCGGACCAAGAUUAUGCUCUUGGUCUUCACUUCGCUGCUCCUGACGGUGGGAUCUGGCUUCAGGAUCGGAACCAACUUUGCACCUCGGCCCAUCACCAACCCUGCGUGGUAUCACAGUCGGGCAUGCUACUAUUGCUUCAACUAUGUCAUUGAGAUUAUUGUCUCAAGCUUGUACGCGGCCAUCCGCUUUGACAGGAGAUUCCACAUCCCCAACGGCGCCAAGGGCCCUGGCGACUAUGCAAAGGGCCAGCUUGCCAUCAAUACCGAGUCAGAGGCAUUUGGCCCAGCUGACAACACUGAUGAGGAAACUAUGCACGAAGAGCCCUCGUCAUCUGUAGCAAACUCGGAGAAGAGAUUCGGGCCUGGACAGGAUAGGGCCGGGGCCAUUGUGUAG